GGUACCAGCUACGCGCAGUCGCUUCGCCAACUUCUUCCUGGUCUCUGCAGCAGGAGGAACAGUUCUUUUUAUUCAAUUUUUACAACUGUCAACAUCAGAACAACCGACGCGUGGCGCAGUUCCCGCGGUCCUCUCUCGUUAGAUAAUUUCAAACCUCGGAUCAUUUCGCCGCUGCGGAUCGUUUUUCUCAAACAGUGAAUUAUUUCCAUUUCGAAUUCGCACAAUCACGACGGCAGUAACUGUACUAUCGAAUAACUAGCGUGUGCAGCCGAUCCGCUAUUGAAUUUUUUUAACUAUUUUCCCACAAUUCUAUUUUUUUUUUUUUUUCGUUAUGAAACCCUGCGGAUGACGGCCGCAAAUAAACCGCGUCCGCUGCAGUUUUACACUUUUUGAUUCUCGAAUGAAAUGUGCGGAAUAAGCGGAAUUGAAAAACGUCUCGUCUCCGAGCUUAUAUUCCAUAGUCGCUGUUAUCGAGGGUAAUCUUACGUUGGUUCGAAACCAUCGCCGGUUUUCAUCGUGAAAUAAACUUAUUCGUGGAUCUAUAUCUAUCUAUCGGCUGUGGUAGAUUAUCGAGUGUUUGUAAACAUCAUUAGUUUUGAUCGUCCUUCGGACGACGUUAACCACACAAUAAAAAAAGAAGAAGUUAAGCGCAGGACAAUUUCGGGACUUACGAACAUUAUGAAGCCGGUUGUGGUUUCAUCGCCGAGUACGAUACACGCGUAAUUCGACUCUCUGAAACUGAACCGAUUUUUAUCGUUUUAAAUGCAAUCUUUUAAAUCGACGACGAUGAGUUGGUUCGCAACAUUCGUUCUCCUCGUUCUCCAGGGGGUGGCCGUUACGUUUUGUGAAUUGACUUUUGACGACGCCUUGCUACUCGCCACGUGUAUUCUGGAAUGUGAAGACAUAGAGUGUAUGAGGAAUUGUACCCAGAAACCAAAAAAUAUCAAAGCGCUCGACGAAGAAGCACAGGCAAAUUUUACCCUCGUAUGUCAAGACGUGGAAUACAUCGCUAUCACUCAUAGUCCUGGAUUAUUCAUUAUAGAUCGACGAAUGAAAUUUGGAAACUGGAGUGAUCCGCUGAUAACUAACUUGACCAAGGAAUCGAUCACGGGCUUGUCGCCAGGCACACGCUAUCAAUUUCGUUUACAUCGCAUCUUCAUCGACGGGUUCUCUAAGCCCGAAGAAACCGACUGGAUCGAGACUAAGAAAGACGCUUACAUACCUAGCGGCGUUGAACAAGUAUCGCAAAAAAGCCUUGAAGUCGAUUCCGAAAAUCCACUGCGUAUGAGAUUAGUAGUUAGUUUUACACCGAACAAAGAACGAAGCUGCGUUUACGAGGUGAUAUGCCGAACCGUCGUGAAUAUCAAUAAAUUGAUAACGCUGCAGGAGCCAACGAUCUUCGAAGCGAAUUUCGAGGGCUUAGAACUUGGCGUCGAAUAUACCAUACAGGCAGCGGCGCUGACUCGGAGUAGUUCGACCAGCACCAAAACGUCGAUGAUCGUACGCACACCUACGUGUUUAGAAAUUUAUGGGAAUUUAACCAUGUGCGCACCUCCUGAAGUGACGGGUCUGAACGCAGAGGCGAUACCAUUGGGAAAUAAUACUUACAACGUUAUCGUGACGUGGGACGAACCAAAAUUAAUACCCGAUUUUUUCGUGGUCUAUCUUCACCCGAUAGACAUUAUUUCGGGACAUCUUUUGACGUGCAAUGUUUCCGGGAAUUCGACUGAAGCAAUUUUUACGGAGGUCCAAAUUCCGUCGCAAUAUGACGUGGCCAUCGGGGGUUCGUCCGCAGGCGGACUCGGCAAAUAUGUAAGGGCAAAUUUUCGCGCGGAGCCAAAAUCUACGAACGUGUCAAGAGAACUGAUCAUCUCGAAAACCGGGACCAUCGUGAUGACCCUACUGGCAAUCGUGGCAAUCGUUGUCGGGACCGUAGCUUGCGCUUAUCACAGGCAUGGGAGACGGAAUGUUAGGGAAACGAGAUCGAAUAAUUUCAAGAAUAUAACGGAAGGACAUCUGAUCGCUCCUUAUCAGAGUCCAGAUCAGAAGGAUGCGGCUCGGGAGAUGAUAAAGGACGUCGGAGAUCCAGAGCCAUUCGUAGUUGGAGUUAAGAGUAUGGAGGGUAGAGUCAAGAGUCUGCUGACCGCAAUGGACGAGUAUGAGAUUGAUCCGGAACUAUUGGAGAUCAAACGGGUUCUCGGGAGGGGUGCCUUCGGGAUCGUGAGGCUUGGAAGUCUCAGAGAUAAUCGUGGACACUACACGGAUGUGGCCGUAAAAAUGCUCCGAGAAAAUCCGAGCGCGGAGGAUCUCAGAGAUUUUGAACGCGAGAUAAGAAUGAUGAAGUCAGUCGGCCAGCAUCCGAACAUCGUUUCUUUGGUGGGGUGCUGCACGAUAAAACCGCGGCCUUUUUUAAUCGUGGAAUUCUGCUCAAAGGGUGAUUUACUUUUUUUUUUGCGUGCGGUGAGUCUUCGAAAAAACACCAUGGGAGUGGAAACUCGAUAUCCCGGUAUUAACGAUCCAGAUCGUGGUCUACAGAUACACGAAGAAGCCACCGUGUCGGUGAUCACAUCGAGAAAUCGCUACGAAACGACCCCGCCUUCCUCUAGCCCCAACGGAGUUCCGGUCGGAGAUGAACGAAAGAAGGAUUUAUCCUCGUCUCCAGUGAGCGAAGAUGUUCGCGUUACGAGUUCUGUAGCAAAUCGUGGCUACGAUCUCGAUCAAGAUUCUUCCAACGCCACCGAGACGGUCACGGUAACCGAUCUUCUAAAUUUCGGUCGUCAGAUUGCCACGGGAAUGGAGUUUCUCUCGUCGAAUAGAGUCGUUCACCGUGAUCUAGCGGCAAGAAACGUGCUCGUUUGCGAGGACCGUACCGUCAAGAUAUCAGAUUUUGGACUGAGCAGGGAUAUCUAUCAAGAGAAUGUAUAUAAAAAACAGGGAAACGGACGACUUCCCGUGAAGUGGUUGGCCAUUGAGGCGCUCACACAUCAGGUCUACAGCACGUACAGUGACGUUUGGUCCUUUGGAAUCCUCCUGUGGGAAAUCGUCACUCUGGGAAGUAGUCCAUAUCCGGGGAUUCCAGCUAAUGAAAUUCUGAAGCGAUUGCGAUCCGGUUACAGGAUGGAACGGCCGCCAAACUGCAGCGCUGCUCUAUACAAUCUGAUGCUUUCCUGUUGGAUCGAGAAGCCUAGGGAUCGGCCAACUUUUACGGUGUUACGACAGCAAUUGGACAAGCUUCUCUGCCUCACCGCCGACAACAAGUACCUCGAGUUAAACGACGUUUCUAAAACGUCGUUUUCCGAUAUCGCGGGGGAGUGGUUCCCGAUUUGAUGUUAAACACGUCGAAAGUCUGUUCCACGAGACAUUUGACUUUAACGGACUUGACGAUUACGAGCAAACAAUCAAUUGCUACUAUAGAAUCUGCGAUGAGUGAAUGGACUGGACGAUUAUAAGGAAAAAUGAUGAGCGUCAAGUUGAUGCCAUGUGAGCUGUGAAAGACAAAAACUUUGCAUUAUUAAUUGUAUAACGUAUGUUAGGUUUACCAAAUAGUAAUUUUACAAUGAAAUAGAAGAAUAGUUUCAUAAAUAUCGAAAUCAAUCAAGGAAUCACGAGGCGGGCGUUUUUUGACGAAGCACUUGUACUUUCCAUAUUUCACGUAAGCAUACAGAUGAGGAAAUCGAUUGAAGUCAGUCAACAUUGAUGUACAACGUGGUUUCAUGAGACGUUUUCAGUAUUGCUGAGCAAAUUUUAAAAUAGUAACUCUGAAAUGGUAAAUCGCUGCUUACACGAGAGUACAAGUUCGCAAAAAUCCCAAUAUCCAUUUUUUUCAUGUAGGUUAAUCUAGUUCUAUCCUCGUACGUACAAAGAAUGAAUUGUAUUUGUGUGUUAUAUACUACGUAUAUCAGCUUUGGGAACUAAGGGUAGUAUACAUACAUAUAAUACCUAUGUAGUUACCCACUGGCGCUUAGUAACUUACCAUAGCGAUAGGCUGAUCAAGAGAACGAUGUAUGGUUCCUGUAUCCGUCAGUGAUUCAAUGAAUAACUAUUAUAUAAUACUUUA